AUGGCCUCCGCUCGCCCCAAUAUCCUCCCUAACUUCAUUCUUACGCCUCAGCAGCAGAACCUGCUGUUUCGAGCGCUGACGUCAAAUCAACCCAACAAUGUGAAACGCGACCAAGAGUCCCUGGCAACUGAUUCUCCGACCACGUCACCUGUGCAGAAUCAGAGAACUACUGCCUUUGAUGAAUCAAGUGGUCCUUCUGGCAGUCCUUUCCUCGAUUAUGACUAUGACAUUGGGCCGGACAGCAGUUUCGAUUUUGAUUUCACCAAUGAUGAUCAAAGCGGUACACAAGCCAGGAUGAUGGGAGAUCUCGCCGGCUCUAGUCCUGAUGGAAGUGACACCACGAAAGACACCUCCAAGGCCAAUUCUCCCGACAAUGAGACUUCAGAUAAGAGAAGUCAUCCUGAUGAAGACGACGAUGACGAGGUAGAGAGUGGUGCAAAAAGAAGGGAAAGCGAAGGGAAGGUUCCUAAGAAACCUGGCCGCAAGCCUCUUACGAAUGAACCUAGCUCGAAGAGGAAGGCUCAGAAUCGUGCGGCCCAGCGUGCUUUCCGAGAACGAAAAGAGAAGCAUCUAAAAGACCUCGAAACGAAGGUAGAAGAAUUAGAGAAGGCCUCUAGUGCUACUAGUAGCGAGAAUAGCCAGCUGCGCUCGCAAAUAGAAAAGUUGACUGUCGAGCUUGAACAAUAUAAGAAAAAGAUAGCUGUCAUGUCUGGCAGGUCGCGCUCAUCGACAACCUCCACACGAGGUGCUUCCACGUUCGGCAGUGCCGCGAUCCAGAAUAUUAAUGAUGUCAACUUCCAAUUUGAAUUCCCCAAAUUUGGCAUGUUCCCGGGACCUAGUACGACACCUGCCACCAGUGCAAAACCAACACCAUCGUAUCCAUCGCCCCUAUCUGGCCACAGUCCCAAUAGCCAGAACAGUCCACUAGAGCGACCCAAGAAUGGAAGUUCUGACCGCCGCUCUAAGACUCGUGAGAACUCGGAUGGUCAAGCGGCAAAGGACCUAAUCGGCCAAUCAGUCAACUAUUCCGACAUCUUCAAUAGUUCGUCGCCAUUGGACGGCAUCAAUGGCAAUGGCAAUAGCGGCUCUAGGACGAGCUUAGACUCAGCUCAAUACAGCCUCAACGGGGCUAACACUGGCUCUCCCUCUUCCUCUUCCAACUCAGUUAUGGGGCCAAGCUCGUCUUGUGGUACCUCCCCUGAGCCUUUCACUCAGUCGCCGCUGGGCUUUAAGCCUCUCGAGACUUUGACUACUAUUGGGGAGGAGCAGCCGAGUCUGACAAGCGACAAUAUAUCGGCCUUUGGGAACCUAGGCAAUAUUGGCAACCUCGAUUUUAGCAAUUUCGACUGGUUGUCACACCAGAACGGAGGACAAUUCGACCCGCAAUUAUUUGGUGACUACCGUGAACCACAGAGCAACAUAAUGGCCAACACUACGUUUGAUGAUAGCUUCUUCAACGAUGCCUUCGAUGCGGACUUCCUCGCCCCAUUCAAUGCGCCUACAAUCUCUAGUCCUAAGCCGGCCAAAAAGGAUAUCUGUGCUGAAAUUGAUGCCCGAAAGGAGACCGAAGAUACUAUCGUGCAAGUCGACAAUGGAAGACUCAUGACGUGUAACAACAUAUGGGAGCAAUUACAAGGCUGUCCCAAGGUGCAAGCUGGCGAUCUCGACCUUGACGGUCUUUGUUCUGACCUACAAAAGAAGGCCAAGUGUGGAGGUACUGGUGCUGUUGUCGAUGAGAAAGAUUUCAAAACCAUUAUGACAAAGUACCUGGGCGGACCAUGCCCGAACUCCUCUUGA